UACGUAUUAUUCAAUGUUAUGCAUCAGCUGAUUAAGAAAACAAAGAUGUGUUGUCAUUACAAAUCAAUGGUCUUACGGCAGUUGAACGUAACAGAUAUAGUAACUGAAACCUGCUUGUUUUAUGUUUCUUUAUGAGUGGACCUGAAAUGGUUACUAACACAUAAACCGGUACCAGUGUAAGUCAGUAUUAUUUAAGAGACAUAUGAGUACAAUAUGCACAUAUUUUUGGGUGAUGACGACUCUGUUAUUAACAGUGGAAAUGAGCUGUGGUUGACAACCGUAGCUGGUAGCAAUGGUGAAGAGGAACAUGAUCAGCAACCAGCAGCAAAUGGCUCCAGUCGAUUGUCAGCAGUAUUUCUCAUCAUCAAUGCUGCUCUUGGUGCUGGGCUUCUUAAUUUUCCUCAGGCAUUUGAUCAAGCUGGAGGAAUUAUGACAGCCGUCAUUGUCCAAGUGGUCCUGCUAGGAUGGAUAAUGGGAGCAUUGCUGAUUCUGGCACACUGUUCCGAUCAGACCGGCGCUCGAACAUUACAGGAGGUUCUGGAAGGAGUCUAUGGCCGCCCAGGACUCAUUGCCUGCUCUUCAGCCGUCGCCCUGUACUGUUUUGGCACUUGUGUCACAUUCCUUAUCAUCAUUGGUGACCAAUUUGACAGAGUGCUGUCAUCACUGCACGGUUUGGAUUUCUGCCACUACUGGUACAUGAACCGCAACUUCACGAUUGUGUUGAGUUCUUCCGUGUUCAUUCUCCCUCUCUGUUACUCCAGAAGGAUCGACUUCCUCAAAUACGUUAGCUCGGUGGGUGUUGUCACAGUGGUGUACGUGGUGAUCCUCAUUGUGUACCAGAAAUACAUGGGGAACUUCGUGCCUGGCCCCAUAAAGACAAGUCCCACUCACUGGACAGAUAUAUUUUUGGUCGUACCAGUCAUCUGUUUCGGCUACCAGUGUCAUGUUAGUGUGAUACCGGUCUACGCGUGUCUGCGUGAACGAAACCUGAACAACUUCACGCUGUGCGCAUCGGUUGCCAUUGCUGUAUGUGUGGCAACUUAUACUGUGGCUGGAAUUUAUGGAUAUCUCACGUUUGGAUCCUAUGUGACAAGUGACGUCCUUGAAUCCUACUCAGGGUCUGAUAUACUAGUACUUAUUGGGAUUGUGGCCGUAGCGAUCAAAACUUACACAACUUAUCCAAUUCUGCUUUUCUGCGGCAGGGAGGCUGUUAGUAACCUGUGGGCAAACUUGUUACAUGACAGCGAGAGUGAUGUGGCGGUGACAGAGCGAAGGCGACGCAUCACCAUAGCAACCGUCUGGUUCAUUCUUACUCUUGUCCUAGCACUGUUGAGUCCAGACAUAGGUUCUGUCAUUGACAUACUUGGAAGCCUGGCAGCCAUCUUCAUAUUUGUGUUCCCAGGCCUGUGCCUGAUGCAGUCCACGCUACAUAAGGACCCUCACAUUAUCCUCAACAAGGACAAGUUCGUGGUUUUGGCAGCCAUCAUCUUCAUUUUGCUCGGAACGUUUAUUUUCGGCGUCGUGUUUGUCCAGGCAGCGAUACGCUUCUAUAAAAAACCACCAAUAACUGUAAGACUUUGUAUCUGAUUUACAUUGUACCCGUUGAUCUUUCAGUACCUAUCAGAUGUUCAAGGAAGAUUCUGUACUAUGAAGUUCUUGGACAGAUUUGCGCUGAGGCACGUUUUACUCUGAGUCAUUUGCUUUUCCGCUGCCGAUCAUUGAUACCUUGUCUUUGUGUAUCAGUACUCCUUGAGGCAUGUGACAGGCCUGAUUGGUCAGUGUGGAAUCGACCUCGGUCGUCAAAGAAGAUUGUUUUCUUAGUUCAGUACAUUGUACCAAUGAGGAAAUGGAAGUAGUAGUGUGGAAUUCCUCUGUGACUGAUAUUAAGUGUCACAACCCUGAAGUGUUUGCUGAUCUCAGAUAACGUGUGAAGAGCAUGGCACUUGGUAAGACAGAUGUGUCGUUUCCCACAAUAUACAACAAAGUGAAACGGUCUGCUGUCAGGUCAACAUAUUAAGGACUGGCUAGCGGGUUGCCUAUGUCAUAUCUGUACGUUCUGGACAUUUUAAAGAAAAGCGUCUUUUCACACACGAAAAAAAUUCUACUCGCGAACUAAUCCCCAUAUUUGAGUGACUAGAAAAUUAUCCAAGAAAUAUUUUAAAUUGUUCACAUCUUCAGCAUUUAUACAAACACCAGCUUUUUUAUCAGUGUUAGUAACGUCUGUCAUUUCCUUGCCACAUAUGAUUCGCCUCAAGAAUUCUCGCUCUGUUCGCUGUUAUCAUAUUAAUUAUUAGACUCACUAUAUUUUUAAUCACCAAUAAUUCCAUCUUUUAGAACAUUUCUCAUUUCAUUCAGAUGUUUUUACUGUAUCAUUUAAUAAAUACUAAAACAAGUCCAUAUGAUGGCUCAGUUGAUAAAACAAAUUUUAAUCAUUUUAAAAUAAAAUGACAGGAACUUCUCGUGUGCAAUAAAGCGUUUUUAUGACAGUUGUCACAAGAGAAACUUCUGAGAAGAUAAAGUGAUACAGCAUCAGUCCUCAGCGCAUUUGAAACGAGUUAUCAUGUGACUUGAGUUUUUGGAAGCGUUCUUCACAGGUCUCGCUGCUCACUUGUUUCAAGCGCUGAUAUGCUGUCGACAAUAGCCGACACAUGCAGCAUGCGAACACUGCACACUGCAAUGUGUAAGAAACUUGCAAUAAUUGAAUGAUGUUGAUUGGGUUGAUGCAACAUUACUUAAUGGUAUCUUAUCAACUGAGUAGGUUAUUUAGCUUCCCACGAGAUGUGACGAUGGCUGUGUACGGUGAAUGGGAAAGGACAGUGAAGGGAGUCAGACGCUUAUCUUAAGGUAGUUACAGCAUUUGCCCAGAACUGUGGGAAACAACGAUCACUGAUAACAAAUCCUAAUGCACGUCAUUCCUGUUCCGACAUUCUCGUUAAUUCCGUUGCUGUCAUCGGUGGAGAUAAUGCUCUUCAUCGAGUCUUCCGUGUAGUUCACUAAUAUAGACUGUAUUUAAUAUUUUGUAUAAAAUUAUAUAUCUUAAUGAGAAAUAUUUGAUGUUAUGUACCGGUUUUUUAUAUGAUGAAGUUUUUAACAAAUUUUAAAAAUAUUAGCGAAAUUUAAAGUUUUUAUGACUGUGAAUAAUUAUUUUCUUGGACUUCGUCCGUGGAUCCAUAGUUUAAGCUACGUUGACCGGGGGAUUUAGCAGAGUGGGGUUUCAUCCUUCCAUUCGUCACCUGAAGACAGAAUUAGAACUGCCUUCCAAAAUGUCGUGGAAUUUAUUAAAAAAUACUUGUAGAAUUUUUAAUCAGUUUUGAACUUCCUGUCAAGUGUGGGUUAUAGUGGACCAAAAUGCACCAAAUAUUUCUUGUCUUUGUAAACUUUACAGCAGAGAGGGCGAUGCAUGUAUGAUGUUCAAAAGGACAAAAUUCUUUCUAUUUUUGAGGUCCAAUGUAUUUAGGGGAUAAGGGCGCUGGCCUUCAAAGAUGAAACGCGUAUAUUUUAAUAUAUGUGUGUGCAUUAUUUUAUGAGGAAUUUAAAAGACAAUAAGACUGUGAUGGAUUGUUUAAUAUGUAAUAUAAAUUUGUAUCUUGUUUUUAUAAUACACAAUAUGUAUAAACUG